UGACAGUACCCGGGGGCUGGAGCGGCACUGCACUUCCCCGGAUGUGAGGGAAGGGGGCGCUCUGCUCCAGUGUUCACACUCGAUGGUGUCUAGUCCUUCCCCCACGUGGUACCGGCACAAUCAUCCGCGGGCUGUGAGCAUCGUGUGUACCUGAUUCUCUAACAUCCUCAUUUGACAUCAUGAAGUAUAUCCUAGUGACGGGCGGUGUGAUAUCUGGUAUUGGAAAGGGGAUCAUUGCAAGCAGCAUAGGGACGAUCCUGAAAUCCAGCUCCCUGCAUGUCACGUCCAUCAAGAUUGACCCAUACAUUAACAUUGAUGCUGGAACAUUCUCACCUUAUGAACACGGGGAGGUGUUUGUACUUGAUGAUGGAGGUGAAGUUGAUUUGGACCUUGGAAAUUAUGAGCGUUUCCUGGACAUCCGACUAACGAAAGACAACAAUUUAACAACUGGAAAGAUUUAUCAGUCGGUCAUUAACAAGGAAAGAAAAGGGGACUAUUUAGGGAAAACUGUGCAAGUGGUCCCUCACAUCACAGAUGCUAUCCAAGAGUGGGUGAUGCGACAGGCCUUGAUUCCUGUAGAUGAGGAUGGCGUGGAACCAGAAGUCUGUGUAAUAGAGCUUGGAGGAACUGUGGGUGACAUUGAAAGUAUGCCCUUCAUAGAAGCUUUCCGACAGUUCCAGUUCAAAGCUCGAAGAGAGAACUUUUGUAAUAUUCAUGUCAGUCUUGUACCCCAGCCAAGUGCCACUGGUGAACAGAAAACCAAGCCCACUCAAAACAGUGUGCGAGAGCUGCGAGGACUGGGCCUCUCACCAGAUCUAGUAGUUUGUAGGUGCACCACACCUUUGGACACCUCUGUAAAGGAGAAGAUAUCAAUGUUUUGUCAUGUUGAACCUGAGCAGGUGAUCUGUGUGCAUGACGUAUCUUCUAUAUACAAAGUUCCACUGUUGCUGGAGGAGCAGGGGGUGGUGGAAUAUUUUCGUAAACGAUUAGAUCUUCCCAUUGGGCUCCAGCCUCGCAAAUUGCUGAUGAAGUGGAAAGAGAUGGCAGAUAGGUAUGAUCGUCUGCUGGAGUCCUGCAGUAUUGCUUUGGUAGGAAAGUACAUCAAAUUUUCAGAUUCCUAUGCAUCUGUUAUCAAAGCUCUAGAGCAUUCUGCUUUAGCUAUAAACCACCGCUUGGAAAUCAAGUAUAUAGACUCUGCUGAUUUGGAGCCCAGCACUCUGCAGCAGGAGCCCGUGCGGUACCAUGAAGCCUGGCAGAAGCUCUGCAGCUCAGAUGGUAUUCUGGUUCCUGGAGGAUUUGGUGUACGAGGAACAGAGGGCAAAAUCCAGGCUAUAAACUGGGCACGCAAACAGAAGAAGCCUUUUUUAGGAGUGUGUCUGGGGAUGCAGUUGGCAGUAGUUGAAUUUGCCAGAGACAUACUCGGCUGGAAAGAUGCCAAUUCUACAGAGUUUAAUCCCCAAACCAGUCAUCCAGUAGUGAUUGAUAUGCCUGAACACAACCCAGGCCAGAUGGGAGGAACCAUGAGACUGGGAAAGAGGAGAACAAUCUUCCACUCACAGAAUUCCAUCUUGAGGAAGCUGUAUGGUGACCAGGAGUUUGUAGAAGAAAGACAUCGGCAUAGAUAUGAGGUCAAUCCAGAACUCAGACAUGAGCUAGAGGCUCGAGGUAUGACCUUUGUAGGUCAGGACACAGAAGGGGAACGGAUGGAGGUUGUAGAAUUAGAAAAUCACCCAUAUUUUGUUGGUGUUCAGUAUCACCCGGAAUUCACAUCUCGACCCAUCAAACCCUCCCCUCCAUAUUUUGGUUUACUUCUGGCUUCUGCAGGAAGAUUAUCUCAGUAUAUUGAAAGAGGAUGCCGGUUAUCCCCCAGAGAUACGUACAGUGACAGAAGUGGGAGCAGUUCUCCAGACACAGAAAUUGCAGAGCUCAAAUUACCGAUGAUAAAUCAUGACCGAAGCUAGGUGACUGCUCAACAGCUUGUCCAUCCAGUGUCAAAGAAAGCCCAUCAAAUGUAUUUCUUUUCUACAUCUAAUACAACGUUAUGGAUCACUUAGUUCACUUUGUUUUCCGUGACGCCAGCAACACAUGCCCAUUGUGUGCUUCUACUACAACUGCUGCUGCUGUUACGAAUAUAAGGGUCCAUUCACACGUCUGCA